AGUCGUCACAUCUCUGAAAGGGCGGUGACUACUGGCGCAAGCAGAAAUCGUGAGGAAUAGGGUGUACACAAGACUGUUUUGAGUGCCUUGUCUUUGUAUCUGACUGUUUUCAAUACACUUUUCCGUCGUCAUUGAAAAAAAAAAAAAAGGAAAUAACGUUUUGAAUAGCUUUGUAAAGCCGUCGGGCAGGAAAAAUAUGGGGAAUUGCCACACGGUGGGACCAAACGAAGCCUUGGUGGUAUCAGGUGGCUGCUGUGGCUCUGAUGAGAAGCAGUAUACAGUGGGCGGCUGGGCCUGGGCAUGGUGGCUUAUCACUGACAUACAGAAACUCUCUCUGGAGAUAAUGACCAUCCUCUGUCGCUGUGAGAAUAUCGAAACUUCGGAGGGUGUCCCCUUGGAUGUGACAGGGGUCGCUCAGGUGAAGGUCAUGACUGACAAUGAGCUGCUGGGUUAUGCCUGUGAACAGUUCCUGGGCAAGACCGUGGCAGAGAUUAAAAGUGUCAUUCUGCAGACGCUGGAAGGUCACCUGCGCUCUAUUCUGGGGACUCUGACGGUGGAGCAGAUCUAUCAGGAUAGGGAUCAGUUUGCCAAGCUGGUGAGGGAGGUGGCAGCACCUGAUGUGGGCAGGAUGGGCAUUGAGAUCCUAAGCUUUACUAUCAAGGAUGUGUAUGACAAGGUGGACUAUUUGAGCUCCUUGGGGAAAUCCCAGACUGCCGCUGUUCAGAGAGAUGCUGACAUUGGUGUGGCUGAAGCAGAGAGAGAUGCUGGAAUCAGGGAAGCAGAAUGUAAGAAGGAGAUGAUGGACAUAAAAUUCCAAGCCGAUACAAGAAUGGCAGACUCGAAGAGAGAGCUGGAGAUGCAGAAGGCUGCCUUCAAUCAAGAAGUGAACACAAAGAAAGCUGAGGCGCAGUUGGCCUAUGAGCUUCAGGCAGCCAAAGAACAGCAGAAGAUCAGACUGGAGGAGAUUGAGAUCGAGGUGGUUCAGAGGAAGAAGCAGAUCGCCAUUGAGGAGAAAGAGAUCCUCAGGACAGAUAAAGAGCUGAUCGCCACCGUGAGGAGACCAGCUGAGGCUGAAGCCUACAAGAUGCAGCAGCUCGCAGAGGCAAAUAAGAUAAAGAAGGUAUUGACGGCACAGGCCGAAGCGGAGAAGAUCAAGCGUAUUGGAGAAGCAGAGGCCGGCUCCAUUGAGGUUGUGGGUAAAGCCGAAGCAGAGAAGAUGAAGCUCAAAGCUGAGGCCUAUCAGCAGUACGGAGAGGCUGCAAAGACUGCCCUCGUCCUGGAGGCCCUGCCAAAGAUUGCUCAACAGGUAGCAGCACCAUUAAGUCGUAUCAAUGAGAUUGUGAUCCUGAGCGGCGACGGUGGCCGUGUUACUGGGGAGGUGAAUCGUCUGUUGGCUGAACUACCUGUUUCUGUAAAUGCCCUCACAGGGGUGGAUUUGUCCAAGAUCCCUUUGCUUCAGAAAAUGAUCAAUCCUCAAGCUUGAACACGCCUCUUCCACUCUGCUGCCUAUUCGACACUCCCACAUUGAUUGCCUUGAAAAGAAACACAAGCUGUUUUCUUUUUACAGAAAUGAGGAAUUGAUUUUUUUAGACCCCUGGUGCCUUACCUCUGCAGGACCAGAAUCUCUGCAUGUGCUCUUGUUUUCAUCACGUGUAUCCUUUUAUCUGUUUUUUUGCCUUUUUUGUUGAAACCACUUACCUCAAUUAUGGUUAUUUUGUUAAUUUGCAGAACUGUUUCAUAAAAUUCACUAGUGGGCAGCUGCAGAUGUAUGUGUAUGUAGUGAUUUAGAAGAUAAGGAGGUAUUUCCAUUUUAGAGGGUAGCUAAGGUUGUAUUCACAGUUACGUUUAUGCAAUGUAUGAAGAUAUAUAUAUAUAUAGUGUAUAAAAAUAUAAAAAGCAUUAGGUUUGUUACAGCAUGUUUAUUGGAUUGAUCAACUGGGCCUUUGAAAUCAUUCAUCAUUAUGAAGACAUUGCUGUUCAGGUCAAAUAGUGACACAGGAGUGAGGAGAACUGACUUUUAGUUUAUCUAACCAAUACAUUUAGACAUAGGUUCAUUUGUAAACAUCUUUUUGUAUAGUUCAAACAGUAAUUUUUUUUUUUUCAAAACUUUGCUUUUAGGGUUGUAGGUCAAAUCACGCUUUCACUGUGCAGUCGUUCAUCUAAAACUACGCCAUGUGAUUCAUAAUCAUAUCUGUACGUAUAUUCUUUGAGAAUGUUUUGCCUAUUUUUGGAUAAUAAGUAGUACUCCAAAUGCAUUUUUACCGAGACACCAAGCAAAGGCCAAAACACGCUGAAUUUAGUAGGAUUUUGAGAAGUAUCAUUAUUUUUUCAUUGCAGAAAACCUCCAAUAGUUUUACCUCACCCGAUGUUUAUGCAGACGAUAAAGCUUUGGUCCUCUUCCAUUAGCUGCAAUUAAGAUUUUAUGGCUGCAGCCAAACUGACCGUACAGGACCUAGUACACUCUUUUGUCUACUGUUAAAUCUACAAAUUUGGAUACUGUGCGUUUUAAGUUGAACAUCUACCAUGAAGAUACUCUGUGCCUCAGAGUUUUUCCCAUAUUGAAUAAUUUCAGUUAUUUUUAAUUCAGUGAUGCAGCUUGAUUAUAACAGGUCUUCUUCCUCUUUUUUAUGUUUUAACCGCAAUAUUUUAAAUAAUUUCACAUGUAUUCUUUGUUUCUAAAGUGCAAAUUAUCAUCAACCAGAUAAUGUGAGAGCUCUGUCAGGUAUAUGUGAAUUUUAACUCUGCUCCAGAGUGGCUAUAUUUUACUGUUUUGUUGUCUUCUGAUUUUCAGCUUGCUAUUGUGUUAUGAAAAUACAAAUCAAUUUGCCAAACGUCAGUAGGUCAAACUGUAUAUCCGCAUUUAUUUUACAUUGCUGCUGAAUCAUAAAUGAAUGAUUGGGUCUUUUGCUCAUUGGUAAUCAGAUGCCAAAUAGAAGUUUGUUUGUUUUUGUUUUUACAGUACACUUUGGCAAAAGUAUUUGUGAAGGAAUGGUCUGUUAGUCAGAAACAAGUUCAUUAAAAUUGAUGUUCAAUUUUCAUUCUUCAAAAUGAAGUGUUUGUUAUUUUACAUCAAUAUCUGUUUCAGCUGGGAAAAAGGGAACUGUGCUUUAAAAAUGUAGCCAUUGUUUAUAAGAUGUUGCACACAUUUAAAAUCAACUUCAGGCUUCGAAAAAUUUUCUAUGCUUAAUCUAAACUAAUGAGAGCUGUUGUUUCUAAGCUGAGUGUGUUUGUUCUAGAGUUGUGUGGUGUUUCCAUCACUAACAAUCACAUACUGAGAAUGUGUUAUAUAGCUGUGCAUAGAGUUAAUGCCUAUAACUUGUUGUAGAAUGAAUAUACAAUAUAUGUAUCUAAUAAGAAAUCUGUUUCUGAUCACAGUCAAUAAAUUCAUCUUGAUUUA